AUGUGGCCGAACAGCCUCGGAGGUACUUCCGGCUGCAGCGGGGGCGCCGGCGCCACCGAUCUCGGGGGCCUCGCCGCCUCCACCACCUCGGCCUCCGAGCUCUUCGGGCCCGCAGCGUUCGGCGCAUCCGCUGCAGGGCCCUACGGCGCUCUCAAGACGAAUCCCUACGUGAGCGCGCUCGGGAUGCCGCCGAUCGAGGCGCUACACUCGACCAUCGGUUAUCCCGGUUGUACACCCGCCGGUGAGUCCUACUACUGCAACCCGAGGAAGCAACGGCGAGAGAGAACGACGUUCACCCGGGCCCAGUUGGACGUGUUGGAGGGUUUAUUCUCGAAGACGAAAUAUCCCGAUAUCUUCAUGCGCGAGGAGGUGGCGAUGAAGAUCAACCUACCGGAGUCGAGAGUGCAGGUGUGGUUCAAGAAUCGCAGGGCCAAGUGCCGCCAGCAGCAGAAGCAGCAGCAGCAGCAGCAAGACAAGGCGCCGAGAUCGAAGAAACCGACGGGGAAUCCGGCUAGCAAUCCACCCCCUGGAAAAAGUCCUUCAAUUGCUACCACGCCCACGCCCGCCGCCGCGGUGCCCGCCACUACGCCCUUGAGCGGAGGCACCGGCGGCUCGGCGGCAAGUUCACCGGCGCUUUUGAGGGAUUCGCCGCAAUAUAAGCCCGCGGGAAAUGCCACUAGUUUGCUGUUAGCAGCCAGCACGACUCCACCGAGCUUAGGCGGCACGGUGUACAGCAGCGGCGGCAGUAGCAGUAGUAUCUGGAGUCCGGCGAUAACGGAGAGCGGCGGGGGAUUUCCAGGUGACCAUCAAAGGUUAGCGUGGACGACGACCGCUUCCCAGCAGCCGUGCUACCAGAAUUACUCAUCGUACUACACCAACAUGGAUUACCUCUCGCCCGCUUCGCAUCAGUUGAACGUUGUGGACGGCGGAGGUAGCGGCCUUGACAAUUCAUGGAGCAAAACGAGAGACGAGAGUGCCUCGUCUUGGUUCUACAACAGUGCCGGAUGGGGCGACCGGAAGUGAAGCUAGGAGAGUCGCAGAACGAAGGCUGGGUACAUAUCAUCGACAACAGCGGGGAUAAUGCGGUACGAAACGACGUUUGUCGUUGUAAUGCGGUGCCAAACUAGAAGCUCCACUUCCAGUGAAUGUCGAUGUAGAUUAAACAUAUCCUUCAUUCGGCCAGCGUUCAGGCACCUUGGGAUGCACAGGCCGAGAUCGAGAGUGCCAUACGUAUCCUAUCGCAUUUAUUGAUACGACAUAGUUUAAAUAUAUUUAUGACAUAAUCAUUUCGAUACCGGACGACGUACCACGCGCGAUCGUGUACUAUUUUUUCAGAUGCAUUCCCGACCGUGGAAUUUACGAGGGUUUCAUAAAUGUGUUGCGCGGUGUGCGAGAUAGCUUCUAUUGAUAAUUUAGAUCUCGGAAGUUGAACCGAGCGAUACGUCUCGUCUAGAGUAUUAGAAAUUCGAGAUGAUCUCAAAUCGACAAGCUAUGAUUUUCUUCUAAGGCUUCUGUUUCCCUACCGUGGUCAUUUUAAUUAAUGACGUCAAAACGAGAAAAUAUGUGCGAAAAUUCUUGCGAAGUAAAAAGUUGAAAUAAAAAGAUAUGCCUAUAAAGUGACGUUUGUGAACGAUUGAACAAAUUUGUGUAAAGUAAGUAAAAAAUGUUUCUUUUUUUUUACUCCAAUAAUAACCACUAAAUAAUUAUAAAAUUAAUAUUAUAAAAUCGCGUAGUUAAAAGGUUAGCCACGUUAA